AAUGGUAGAAUUCUCAAAAUAAUUGACUUUGGUUUGGGAAAACAGUUAAGAAAAGGACAUUUUGUAACCAAAAUGAGCACUUUACGUGUUGGCACUGAUGGUUGGAGGGCUCCGGAAAUAUACUUUUCUGACAUUUGUUCUAAACAAUCGGACAUAUUUUCUUCCGCACUCGUAAUCCAUUUCAUAUCGACCGAUGGUUCCCACCCAUUCGGUAAUGACCCUGAUAGUUGGAAUCUCAAUAUAAAACGAUAUCAAGGAUGUGACCUGAGCAAACUAGAAGGGGAUCUGGAGGAUUUGGUUGGUUGGAUGCUCAGAUUCCGACCACAGAAUCGUCCUAAUACCGAACAAAUUCGAAAACAUAAAUACUUUCAUGGUCAACUUGUUUGCCCUUAUCCAAAACUGAGUUCUGUAGUACGAAGAACUCCAGAGAAGGAAGUUGUAAAAGUCAAAGAAGAGUUUGAAGAAAGAAUGAAGCAGAUGGAAUUAAAAAAUGAACAAGAAAAGACGAGAAUGUUAAAAGAGAUGGAAAAUCUUAUAAAGAAAACGAAGGAAGAAGAAAUUGUUAAAGUCAGGAGAGAGUCAGAAAGAAUGCGAAAAGAGCAUGAAGAGGAAAUGAGGCGGAUACAAAAAGAAAAGAGGAAAAUGGAAAUUGAGAACGAAAAGCUUAGAGCUGAAAAGAAAGAUUUUGCUCAGCCUUCCAAUAUCUCUGCAACAAACCAGCUUGCUGUUUCCACUAGUGCAAACAAGUCCAUUUCUCAAAAGACUGCUAAAGUCAAGUGUCAAGGUGCAGAAUCUCAGUCUCCAAGUCAAACUACUUCUGAUCUAAGAGUCAUCAACCAACAACCACCUGGUGGGAAGCUGUCAGAGAAUUGGUUGCUAGAAUCACUGUCAGGAUAUGAAGGAAGGGGGACUCUUGCCAUCACCUACUCAUUUGCUGCUGGAAGUCUGAUGGGUGUUUCAUAUGAAGCUCAAGAAUUCACUGAAUAUUUGCCGUGGGAUGUUGAUGGACUGAUAUGUUACAACUUACUCUAUCAAGCAUUCAGUGCAGGAUUGAUUUUCAAGAUUCAGAAAGUUGGUGACAAAAGAGGAAAAAUUGUUUGGAACGAUGAGUUUCCUCAUAAGACUAAUAAAACUGGAGGACCAGAGAACAAUGGAUAUCCAGAUCCAAACCAUACAAGGAAACUGCAAAGAGCAUUGGAGGCGAAAGGAUUUAAGUAUGAUAUAUGGUGGGACAGUUGAAUAAGUUAAAGACAUUCUAAAAGAUUUCCUGCAACACGAUUUCUCUUCAUACGAUGCUGAACUGAGAUAUUGAACUCGCCUUCAUCAAAACUACGACAAAGGCCAAAACAAUGCCAUGCAUAUUAUCAAUGUAGCCAUUGUGCAAAUGAUGUUCUUGAUCAAUUAAUUCAUAUGAUGAAUGACGAAAAUUGUGAAUAUUUUGAGAAAAUGUAUCUGUGCCAUUGUGAAAUGAGUAAAAUGGCCCAGGCAGCUAAAGCACACGACUUACCGUAAUUGUGCUGGCAUCACAGAUUACACAUCUCAGGUUUAAAUUCCAUGCCCCCACCUCACCCAUGGUGCAUCAGAUUGGUUAGGCAAUGUUGAACCGAACCGAAAUGAUUUUGGUCAUUCCAUAUAAAUAGUAGCUGCUUACAUAGCGUUAGAUAUCAGUGGCUGCUAAAAUUAAUAUAGUUGAGACAUUUUUGAUAACUUUUGUGGCUACCAAUACCUGGAAUAGGACUCUGAACAAGUAUCCAAUGAUGAAUAUGAAACUCAUAUAUUGCUUGAAAUACUCCUGUUUUGCACUGUGUACAUCACUCUGGGUGAGGUGGCAUAUGACCUGGGUUCUUUAAUCAGACAUGCCAACUUAAUCAAGUCCAAAUACUACGCUAUUAGGAUGAUUGUAUUGCCAAUAUAUUGGAUUUGGUGGAAUCAAUCAGCGAAACUCUAUUUAUACGCACGCAUUCAUUCUUUAUUAAUUAUAAUUUGUUGAAUAAACUGGCAUUUUUGUGUUAGUCAAGAUACCGGAAAAUUGACAGGUUAUACCGAAAUGCCCAUUGGUUUAAAGAAUUGGUCCUCCCGAAGUAUGUGCACCAAGAUGAUGCACAACCUGAACAUAGUAUGUGUACCAGGUUAGAGUUAUCAGUUUGUGCGCCAUCUUGUUGCACAUAUUUCAGGAGGACCGAAAAAUUCCCAAAUCAACCCUAUGUCAUUGAGCUCUAGAAUUACACUGUAUAGAUUAUUUGUAUAAAUAUUUCUAUCCUGGGUCCUGAUAGUCAACCACAACUAAAUCUAUUAUUAUUCUUGAGUUUCAAUGUUGUUCUUAUGCAUUUUAUUAUAUUACUUCCAUGGCAUAUUGUAUACUUUUUCCAUAGGUUCCUCACUGCUACUGUAUAUACCACAUUCCAAUAGAUCUAUACAAUUGUUCUGAUCUCCUAAUUACCAACCACCACUGUAUAUAUCUAUCAAUAUUCAAUAUCAUUUUCACGUUUUAUUUUUAUAAUCACGCAACCAAGCCAAGUUCUGUAGAAUAUAACGAACUCCCAAAGUAUGUGAACUAAGAAGGCGGACACCAGAACAUAGUAUGUAUACCAGGUUAGGGUGAGGUGAUAAUUUCAGGUAAAAAUACUACUUGGCUAGUCCCCGAACUCGUAAUAGAACUAAAAUAAGGAAAAUGGAAUAAAAUUAUGACCUAACCCUAACUUGGUACACCACUAUGUUCCGGUGUCGGCCAUCUUGGUUCACAUACUUCGGGAUUACCUGAUACAAAGCAUCUGACAAUAUACAAAUCAAGAGUUCCAGCGAAAUUAUUUUUGGUAAAAUGUGACUUUGUAUACUUUUGCCCAACUAUCAAGAGUUUUGAAGCAAAUAUACCACUGAGUUAUUAUUCCAGUAAACUACGGUAUUUUUUUUUUUAUGAUUUUAUAAAUAAUUUGACAUGCAUUCGAGUGUCUCUCAAUUUGAUGUUAAAUUAUGUGUUAUUGAUUAUCAUGCUGAGA